AUAUAGAGAGAGAGAGAGAGAGACACUCCAAAUAAAAAAAAAGAGAGAGAGAGAUAGAGAUAGAGAAAUAAUAAGAUAAAUGUUUUAAAGAGAGAGAGAAAAUAAAGAAAAUAAAGAUAGCCUUGCUUUAAUUUUGAAUGGUUUACUUCCUCUCUCACUCUCUCUCUUUCUAGUGCUCGCUCUAUUCUCUCUCUCUAAUUUACGUUUUCUAUGUGAGAGACUGAGAGCAAAUUAAAGAUAGGAAAGUGAGAAAAAGAAAGUGAGAAAGUGUUUUUUUGGGCAAGAUUAAAGAAAAUAUUGGUUUCGAAACGCUUCGCUUCUGAAUCCCGCCAAAAGCUAGAAUGGAGACUCUUACGCCCACACCCCCCGCUGUGAACCCCGAGGCGGCCACAGCAGACGCCCUACACCAGGAAAGAAUGGAAUACAUACGCCAGCUGGUGCAGGAGAGAGAGAGCUUGGCAAACACUGCUGGCUGUGAUGUCGCCAAAAGACUUAUUGAACAAGAGUUAGAGCGAGUGCAAAGCGGCAGACGGAGCGAGGAGAAGAGAGCAGUGGAGGUCACGAAAGAGAAGAGCAUUAAAGUGACGGUGAAGGUGCUGGUACCUGUCAGAGAACACCCAAAGUUUAACUGUGGGAAGCUUCUGGGUCCUAAGGGCAACUCCCUGAAGCGUCUACAGGAAGAAACAAUGACAAAGAUGGCGAUUCUAGGCAAAGGGUCGUUUAGAGACAAGGCGAAGGAGGAAGAGCUUAGAAGAAACCCAGACCCGAAACACGGACACCUACAGGAGGAUCUUCACGUAGAGGUGACCGCCCACGCCCCGCCCGCUGAAGCCUACGCCCGCAUCGCUUACGCCCUCACGGAGAUACGCCGCUACCUUGUCCCGGACCACAACGACGAGAUAAGGCAAGAACAGAUGAGAGAAAUGCAAGUUUUUAUAGAACAUCACACAAAAAUACCUCUUUCUCAGCCUCUCCCACGCUCUCCCAGCCUCUUCCAGCCUCUCCCACGCUCUCCCAACCUCUCCCAGCCCUUCCCCAACCCCUCCCAACCCUUCACUAACCUCUCCCUCACCCACACAGGACCACAACGACGAGAUAAGGGAAGAACAGAUGAGAGAAAUGCAAGUUUUUAUAGAAUAUCACACAAAAAAACCUCUUUCUCAGCCUCUCCCAGCCUCUCCCACGCUCUCCCAACCUCUCCCACCUCUCCCACGCUCUCCCACGCUCUCCCAACCUCUCCCAACCCUUCCCCAACCCCUUCCAACCCUUCACUAACCUCUCCCUCACCCACACAGGACCACAGCGACGAAAUAAGCCCUUCCCCAACCUCUCCCAACCCUUCACUAACCUCUCCCUCACCCACACAGGACCACAACGACGAAAUAAGCCCUUCCUCAACCUCUCCCAACCCUUCACUAACCUCUCCCUCACCCACACAGGACCACAACGACGAAAUAAGCCUCUCCCAGCCUCUCCCACGCUCUCCCAACCUCUCCCACCCCUUCCCCAACCUCUCCCAACCCUUCACUAACCUCUCCCUCACCCACACAGGACCACAACGACGAGAUAAGCCCUUCCUCAACCCCUCCCAACCCUUCACUAACCUCUCCCUCACCCACACAGGACCACAACGACGAGAUAAGCCCUUCCCCAACCCCUCCCAACCCUUCACUAACCUCUCCCUCACCCACACAGGACCACAACGACGAAAUAAGCCUCUCCCACGCUCUCCCAACCUCUCCCAGCCCUUCCCCAACCCCUCUCAACCCUUCACUAACCUCUCCCUCACCCACACAGGACCACAACGACGAGAUAAGCCUCUCCCACGCUCUCCCAACCUCUCCCAGCCCUUCCCCAACCUCUCCCAACCCUUCACUAACCUCUCCCUCACCCACACAGGACCACAACGACGAGAUAAGCCCUUCCUCAACCUCUCCCAACCCUUCACUAACCUCUCCCUCACCCACACAGGACCACAACGACGAGAUAAGGCAAGAACAGAUGAGAGAAAUGCAGGUUUUUAUAGAAUAUCACACAGAAAAACCUCUUUCUCAACCUCUCCCAGCCUCUCCCACGCUCUCCCAACCUCUCCCAGCCCUUCCUCAACCCCUCCCAACCCUUCACUAACCUCUCCCUCACCCACACAGGACCACAACGACGAGAUAAGGACCACAACGACGAGAUAA